UGGUGACCAGACAGCAAAAAGAUAUAAAUAAAAAAUAUAUAAUUAGUAUGAAGAUUUCACAGAAACCUGUUGUCAAUUAUAAAUCUCUCUCCAUAUAUAGCAUUAUGACAAAGAGCUUGGGUAAACUACUUUCUUCUUUUAAGACCUUAACCGCUGAUCAGUGGCUUCACAUUUCGUUGUCCUCCUUCUGUCCCUGUAGCCAAUGGCGCCGCUUGCCAAGACAAUCGUGUGUGUUUUCGAGGCAAGUGUCUUUCUGCAUGUGAAGUGCUUCAAGAAGAGACCGGGAUGACCUACGAACCGUGCCAGUGCCAAAAUGAUACUUCUGCCUGCAAAAGCUGCUGUAAGAGGGUCAUGUACUUCGAAAGAAACGAUGAAUGUUUCCCAACCAAUACGUCGCUUGGCUUUCGAGAACCCUGCUACAAAGGUGUAUGCAAUGAACAAGGAGAGUGCGUGCCAGAGAAGGAUGUUCCCUGCGGCAAUGGCAUCGUUGAUGAAAGAGAGGAAUGCGACGUGGGAAAGAGCGUCGUGAAAAACCAAGAUAAAUGCUGUAACGGAACUUGUCAUCUCAGAGAAUCUGCGCAAUGCAGCGAUUUCAACAAACCGUGCUGUAAAGACUGCAGAAUCGUACCAAAAGGAGCUGUUUGUGAGGAUAACUUUGAACUUCCCUGUAUGGAGAGCGCAAAAUGCGAUGGUGUUUCCACUGAUUGUCCGUCUGCUGUGACAAAAGAGAAUGGAAUAGCCUGCCGUGGCCAAGGCCAGUGUAUUAACGGCAGAUGUAUUACCACAUACUGUAAGGAGCUUGGAGAGAAGGAUAAUCGGCGCUACAGAGCCUGCAUGUGUGAUCAUGACGCUUCUGCAGCCUGCAAGCGCUGCUGUCUGGAGGUCUUUGACAACGAUACAAAUGGUCCGUGUUUCCCUACGACCGAAACACUUAGACCUGGACAACUCUGCUACAACGGUGACUGCGAUAAAAAAGGAGAGUGUAUUCCAUCGGAAGGUUUUUUUACUGUCCGGCUAUUCAAGUUCUUCAACAAUUUGGAUUUUGACACUCUUGCGGAGACCAUGAAGACUAACCUCGUCAUGACUGUCGUGUUUCUGACAGCACUGUUCUGGAUCCCAAUCAGCUGCUGCAUUUCCUGCAUGGACAGGAAAAACAAAAAACCCGCACCUAAGAAACCGAUGGCACGCAAAAAACCACCCACUAAAAAAAUGUCUUCGUCCGUGGAUGCCAAGUCUUAUGAAAUGAGGAAUGUGAAUCCGGCAGGAUCUUCAGUCGAUUAGGCAGGAUCUUCAGUCGAUCCGUCCGCACAACCGUAAGGUCCAACGCCUGCCAAACGCCAAUGAAGGGAUUUGGACAAGAAUAAAAUAAGUCCAUCAGUACUGUAAGAAACAGUAUUAACACGAAAUAUUUCAAAGUCUGUCCUAACACCGACAGACUAAAUAAGACCUAAAAUAUAUUUUGUCUUAUCGGAUCAAAGACUAUUACUUUUAAAAUAUCACUAGCACACACCGAAGAAUAUAACAUUUCUUAAAUUACAUAUUUAAGACUUGUUUCUAUAACUUAACACUAUUUUAAAGAAGCAAAUUAAAUCCAAUGCUUUUAAACAAGCCGCUAGGAAACAUGUACUGACAAGGCUGAAAGUAUACAUCGAGUUUAUCUAAAAAAAAAUUUAGUUAAAAAGUUUAAAAUUGUUUUUGUGCACAGCGUUUCUAUGAAAUGGAUUAUCUAAAUAGAUUUAAUGCCUUUCUUUUUAUUAGUAUUAGCUCGUUUCAGUUUGACUUGGUUCCUUGGACUGUAUUUAAAAACAAUUCUAGGUAGUGUUCGUACACAUGGCGCUGGACACUGAACUAUUUAAAAGUCAGAAGUAUAUCUAUAUCUAUAUAUUCCCACAGACAGAUAAGAAAACUACAUUUUCAAUAGCUUCAAUAGCUCAUUGUAAUAUAUUUGAAAUUCGUUAUUUAGUAGUUAAGACGGAUUUAAAAUAUUUCUUUAUUCAGAAAAGGAAAUAAAACAUUUUU